UCUCUUUAGUCCGGUCAGGGGUUAUCCAACGGUUCCGAUACCACCAAUUUACAUGGUAUGGAUGUGGGUAUUCAACUGCCCAAACACCAACUGCGAUGAGGUCCUGUUCCUCCAUAACGCACAAACCGCCACCUGGUCAGACUUUAUGACAUUGAAGGAGGGAGUCAACGUCACCACGGCUGUGGUAGAUGCGUGGUCCACUGUUUUAAUUGCGAGGGAAAAAUCAAGGGGAUGGGGGACCCCUUCUCGCCUGUUUGCAUCCACGACCACUACUGUAGGGACCGUGGUGAACACUAUAGGCACCAGGGACGAGAGAAUCGAAUUAUUUAAAGCGAGGCUAGAUGCUGAUUUACGGGCCUCCGACCACGUGGGAACUGCGACUUUAGAUAUGUACUUAUUUCCAAUAAUACAAGAUGGACAUUACUAUGUCAUGAGUGUAAAUUUCAACCAAUACAAGUUCGACAUCAUCGAUUGCGACUCAAAACAGGUGCCCAACGAUAAAAAAUACCACGACGCCCCCGUGGAUCUGCUUGACAUGCUUUCGGAGUACGUAGAAAGCAAGCGACAGUGGGCACGAGCCAUCCACGCCAGGAACUUGCGUCCGAAAAGGAUGCAAAUGUCGUGGAGAGAUGCAACUCCUAACGCUGAUUCGGCUAUUUUCGCGAUGCGGCAUAUGGAAUCAUUCACAGGACAGACAGCUCGCACUUGGCAGUGUGGGUUACAGAGAGGAAAUCGUCAGCAACUAAACAACCUACGCAAGCGCUUCAUGCACAACAUCCUACUCGCCGAGGCAAAUGAGUACAUGCACAAUGUGUCUUCACGAGUGGGGCGAUAUGACUGCGAUCGCAUAACCAGACCUUCUCACUGAUCAAGAGUACCAACGGGUCAAGCUUCAAAAUAAGGCAAUAACAGAACAGGAGUGCUAUCAUCAAUAAUAUAGCUACCUUGCUAGUGUUUAGUAGUAGCAUGUUCACGGCCCCUCGGUACCACGUCAGCAUGGUACGCUGGUGUCCAAGGACCUUACAACUACUGCAAAAACCUAUUAUUUCCCCUCAUCCAAUAACACAAACUCAACCACGGUGCGUUGACACCAAAA